GACGUCAUCAAACCGCGCCAAAACAAUCAACUCGGUAAACGUCCGCAGGAGCAGCAGCAGCGUUUUGUGGAGCCAAUCAGGCGGCUGUGGUUAUGAGCAGUCCCAUGGCGGGCUCUGCAGCCUCCAGUUCAAAAGACCGUCCAGCCUCCAGGACCAGUUUCAUCCCAGAGCUGCAGAGCAUGAUGUUUGCUCUGGGAGACGCUCGCAGGCCGCUGCACGAGACGGCAGCUCUGGUGGAGGACAUCGUGCACACACAGCUCAUAACUAUGCUGCAUCAGGCCUGCGAGGGCGCAGCUCUCCGUGGGUCGAGGGUCAUUUCAGCUGAGGACAUCCUGUUCCUGAUGAGGAGGGACAAGAGGAAGGUGGCGAGGUUGUUAAAAUAUCUCCAGUUUAGAGAUUAUAAAUCCAAACUACUCAAAACUCUGGAGGACGAAGAACCGCAGCAGGAGAUCGACAGGUCAGGUGCUGCCGGUGGCGUCGGCAGCAGUAACCAGCGGAGGCAGCGAUUAGCUCAGGAUUUCCUGGUGUGGAUGGAUCAGACUGGCGAGCUUUUGUCAUUGGCUGAGCGGCAGGAAGUGGACCCUGUCAAACAGGAGCGGUUGGAGCGUUUAGAGCGUCAGACUCGAACCAUGGACCAGGCUCAGUACUCUGAGUUCUGUGAGAGUCGACAGCUCAGCUUUGCUAAGAAAGCAUCAAAGUUUCGGGACUGGCUCGACUGCAGCAGUUUGGAGCUGAAACCAAACAGCAUCUCCAUGGAGAUCCUGUCGUACCUGGCCUAUGAGACCGUUGCCCAGAUCGUGGAUUUGUCUCUGUUGGUAAAACAGGAAAUGACUGCAAAAUCAAAUCCCAUCAGUCAUGUGAUCUCUGCCAGCUAUAUCCACUACAACACACCCACUGAGGUAAAGAAGGAUCCAGACUCACCUGAAGCCACUCCCCCUUCCACUCCAGGCUCCUCACACUCCUCAAAACCCCUCCUGCAGGGUAACGGCAGUCUGGAUGGCCGGGCAAGACAGAGGAAACGCAAAAAGGAGGGAGAGUCUCCUCCUGUUAGAGAAACUUUCUCACUGCUGAACAGAUAG